UCUUGGGUGUCCCGAGCCCCUGCGGUCUCCCAGGACCCGCGUUGCGCAACACUCAGUCUGACAGCACCACGGUGCUUCAAACUUUCCCCCCGCGCCCCCGGAUUCCAUUUCCUCAUCCCCCGGGGGGGGGCGUCUAUAAAGGGCAGGGGAGAUGCCUCAGCACUGCAGGGGGACGCAGCCAGCAGCGAGUGUCCGCUCCCGUCUCCGCUCUCCCGACACCAGCCCACACGCCCUCCACUCGCAUCAUGAAGGUGUCCGGGGCUGCGCUGGCCGUCCUUCUCUGCGCCAUGGCCCUCUGCGGCCAGGUCUCCUCGGCACCACGUGACGCCGACACCCCCACCGCCUGCUGCUUCUCCUACACCUCCCGGCAGCUUCCGCGUAAAUUCGUAGCCGACUACUUUGAGACCAGCGGCCAGUGCUCCAAGGCCGGCGUCAUCUUCCUAACCAAAAGAGGCCGGCAGGUCUGCGCCGACCCCGGGGAGGCCUGGGUCCAGGAGCAUGUCAGGGACCUGAAACUGAACGCCUGAGCAGCCUGGAAGCUUUGAGGGACCCGGUGACCUCGGUGGGCCAAUGGGAGGCAGGGGCCCGAGCCUUGGAAACACCCCUGCUACCUCCACAGCUACCUCUCCUGGGGGCUGGUUGUUGGCCAGCACCCACACUCUGGGACCCUUCCUAACUUAAAUUUCAGCUUAUUUAUACUAUUUAAUGUUUGUAAUACAUUUUCAUUUUCAAUGUCACACUGUGUUUGGGGCUAUUCGCUCCAAGAGAUCUCGGGGCGCCUGUCCCCACCCUCCCCUCCCCCUUCACUUGCACUGUGAUUGGCAAAUUUGAGGGAUGGUCCUCAGUUUGUCCCGGGCGGCAGUGCCGCCAGAGCCACCGGAUGGACCUGUACGCGUGAAAUGUCUCUGUUCAGUGCUGUGUUCAGCCUGGAGAAAUA